UAGUUCUAGGGUUCUACGAGGGAACAUCACAAAACUUUUAAUUUGUAGCAAAGAAGAAAAGCUCUUCGUGCUGAAAAUGGAGAAUCAGGAGCCCAAAAUCGAGGAAUCGCUUCAAGACGAGGCUCCUGAUCAGGAACCUGAGCAGAAGAAGCUCAAGAUCUCUACCGAAGGCGAUGAACCAGCUUUGUCGGCUGCCGUAUCCGGCAAAAGCGGCGGCGCUGAGCGUAGACCGCCGAAAUACAAACGCCGGAAAGUCGCCAUCGUGUUUGCGUUCUGCGGGGUAGGGUACCAGGGAAUGCAGAAGAACCCCGGCGCGAAAACCAUCGAAGGCGAGCUCGAGGAGGCUCUGUUCCACGCCGGCGCCGUACCCGAAGCCGAUCGGAACAAGCCACGACAGUACGAGUGGGCUCGAUCGGCUCGAACCGAUAAGGGAGUGAGCGCGGUGGGACAGGUCGUCUCCGGUCGCUUCUACGUCGACCCGCCUGGGUUCGUUGAGCGGCUCAACUCGAAUCUCCCCGAUCAGAUUCGUGUGUUUGGGUUCAAGCGCGUCGCGCCGUCGUUUAGCUCGAAGAAGUUCUGCGAUCGGAGGAGGUAUGUGUAUCUGAUUCCAGUGUUCGCUCUUGAUCCGUGCUCGCAUAGUGAAGCUGAGAUGGCUAGAUCGGAUUCGGGAUACGAGUAUGUGAAGUGUGUUGAGUGUUGUGAGAAAGGGUAUAAGAUCCCACUUGGUGUUUUGGGCAAAGAAAGUGUCGAUGAUGAGACUAAAUCAUCAGAGGUUCAGUCAGACAUUUCGUCGAACAACUGUGGUGCAUUAAAGGUUGAGACUAACGGAGAGAAAACUCCAAACCCAGAAUCUAAGGAAGAGAUGACGAAGAGUGAAGGCAAGUUUUGUUAUGGAGAGAAGGAGAAGGAGAGGUUUAACAGAAUCCUGAGCUAUUACGUUGGUUCACAUAACUUCCACAACUUCACCACUAGAACGAAAGCAGCAGACCCAGCUGCGAACCGUUACAUUCUCUCCUUCAAUGCGAACACAGUGAUUACUCUCGACGGGAAAGACUUUGUGAAGUGUGAGGUUGUGGGACAGAGCUUCAUGCUUCAUCAGAUCCGGAAAAUGAUUGGACUUGCUGUUGCUGUCAUGAGGAACUAUGCACCUGAAUCAGUGAUUCAAACCGCUUUCAAGAAGGAUGUGAGGAUAGUUGUACCGAUGGCGCCAGAAGUUGGACUAUACCUUGAUGAAUGCUUCUUCACAUCUUAUAACAAAAGGUUUAAAGUCAGUCACGAGGAGGUGUCAAUGGAAGAGUACAAGGAAGUAGCUGAAGAAUUCAAAUGGAAGCAUGUUUACUCUCAUAUUGGCUCAGCAGAAGAUAAAGAUGGAAUUGUGGCGAUUUGGUUGCAUUCAUUGAACGAAAGAAACUAUCCAGACCUACGUGUUGCUGAACACAAACCAGAUGAAGUCAUUGUCUAUAAGAAGAUUGAUGCAGCCUCUGAAGAAAUGAUCAAUGAAGAGGAAGCUGCUGUGAAAGAGAACGCUAAUGGCGCUGGUGAGCUACUCGUUGGCAGUAAGGUAAAUGAUGAAACCUCUGAAGAAAAGAAUAUGGAAGAAGGGUCAAGGGUGGAAGAGAAGGCGACCGAGUGAAGCCGCUUUUGCCUACUGCGGAUCACUGGAUUCGCUCCGCAGCAGGUCCAUACCGGUCUAGUGAGUAUGCCUCGUUUGUUUUAGAAUUUGACAUUGUUUCUGUGACCUUGAGUUAUGUUUUUCAUUUGACUAGCUACGGUGGAAACAUGCUUGGCCCCUUUUUGUU